CACCCUUAUAAUCAUCCAUCAACACAAUCAAGACACAAUAAUGUCCGCCCCAUCAAUACCUAAUCUUCUUUCCUCCCGCGGCCGAGGAGGAGGACGGGGUGGUCUACGAAGCCGCAGGGGUGGCGCACUACCAUCAGGGUCAAGGGCUGAUACAGCCAUCCAAGGAACAGACACUGACGCGGCGGUUUCUCGAAUGAGUGCCGUUGAUCUCGGCUAUCUCACAGAUCCUUACGCAAAAUAUUUUAUAUCUCAGAUGGAUGGACCGAAUCCAAGACGAUUACCCAUAAUUAAUAGAGGAACAUAUACAAGGACACAAGCUCUCGAUAAUCUAAUUGACGCAUUUAUUGCUACAGAUGGGAGUGAUGCGUUAAAAUCCACUAGGCAAAUCAUCUCGCUUGGAGCGGGAACUGAUACACGACCUUUUAAGCUUUUUAACUCAUCUGAUUCCUCGCACAUCAUUUACCAUGAGCUUGACUUCGACGUUACCAGCAAAAAGAAGUUGCAGCUGGUUCGAGGGAUCCCAGUCUUGUCGAAAAUUCUUACGGAUAUAAGCACCAAUGAUACAGGCAGUUGGACAAGUCACCCUGCUGCUGGAGGCGAAUACCACGCACAUGGCAUUGAUCUACGUAGCUUGCAGGACGAAAACCAACUGCCGGGACUUCGUUCAGAUGUACCGACACUUAUUCUGUCGGAAUGCUGUCUCUGCUACGUACAACGUGCUGAGAGCGAGCGAGUGAUACAGUAUUUCACGUCUAGAAUAUCAAACUUAUCGAUAGUGCUCUACGAGCCAAUGCAUCUGGAUGAUGCCUUUGGAGACACCAUGGUGUCCAACUUGGCCGCACGCCAUAUUUCCAUGCCAGGACUGCAAGCUUAUCGCAACGCAAAGGACCAGAUAGGUCGUCUUAUCGGCGCCGGAUUUAGUACUGCGAAAUAUAUGACCAUUGAUGAUGCUUGGGAAGAUUGGGUCUCACAGGAUGAAAAAGAGAGAGUCCAUCAGCUUGAAGGCCUAGAUGAGGUUGAAGAGUGGAAGCUGCUCGCUGGCCAUUACAUUGUUGCAUGGGGAUAUAGAGGAGAAGGGUUUACCCGCAUGUGGAAUAUCAAGGGAAAAUAAAAGCCAAAAUCAUACCAAAGUAUGAUUUGAAUUUUAUCAUACAUAAUUAUCAAGUGCAUUUGACUUUCGG